AUGAGGAUUCACACAACAUCCAUUGAUAGCAGCAAAUCAGGAAGCACAAUGGUCCAAUCCCAUUCAAGUUUCUUUGGACCUAUCAGCAAGAUAAGAACACAAAAUUCUUGUCAUGAUGGAAAGAUUAAAAGCUAUGGACAUCUGGGAAGCCAUCAGAAAGAGAGAGGGAAUCCAGUUACUUAUAUCUUCUCUGCUGCUGGUGGUAUUCCGCCACUUGUUUAUAAGAUGAUUCUUGGUGUCCCUCACAUCACACAACAAUUGCAGCAUCUCAUGCUCAAGAACAAACAACCAACUGCAGUUGCAAUAAAUCCUCAAAAACGUAUAAAGAAAAAUAAUAAUAAUAAGCACCCAUCCCAUAUUCCCAUGGACAUGAAGUAUUGGAAACUAGAAACUGGAUCUGAUAAAGCGUGGGAGGAUGCACCUUAUGUUCUAUGGAAAUUAUGUUGUCACAGUGAAGAUAUCUAUGCAUGUGUUGAAAGUGCUGAAGCAAUUCCUGUUUUCCUAUGGUUCUUGAAAACUGGUGGAACAAAGGGACAAGAAGCCUCAGGGAAGGCACUAAGAAAGCUUAUACGCAUGGCAGAUGCUGCCACUAUUAAUUAG